UUACAGUAGGUGGCAGUGAGAGGCUCCUCGGACUGAUCCGGCAUGAAGUGGAGGAAGAAGAGGAGGAAGAAGAAGAAGAAGAAGAAGAGCAGUAAUCCGCGCACCAUUGUGCAGAUCUGAGGACGUGUGUGUUGUGAGAUUACAGCACGGCUUUACGCCGAACAUUCAACACAUCUCCUGUGCCCAGUUUGGGUGAAGGCCCCAGCACGGAGGUGGUCAGGGAAUCGGCUGUGCUUCUUGUCUAAACAUUUUCUGCUGGUUGCCAGCAAACUGUCUAAUCUACAGGAGGACAGUGAGAAUAGCUUGGCCAUGACAGGAGGCAUGGCAGCACCGCUCCCGAUGAGUAACCACACGAGAGAGAGAGUGACUGUGGCCAAACUCACACUGGAGAACUUCUACAGCACCCUCCUCACACAGCAUGAGGAAAGGGAGAUGAGGCAGAAGAAACUGGAGAAGGUGAUGGAUGAGGAAGGCUUACCCGAUGAAGAGAAGAUCACGAGGCGCUCCCAGCAUGCACGUAAGGAGACCGAGUUCCUGAGGUUAAAGCGAACUCGACUGGGGCUUGGUGACUUCGAGUCACUCAAAGUCAUUGGAAGGGGAGCUUUUGGAGAGGUGCGUCUGGUGCAGAAAAUUGACACCGGUCACAUCUAUGCUAUGAAGAUCCUGCGAAAAGCAGACAUGCUAGAGAAGGAACAGGUAGCGCAUAUCAGGGCUGAGAGGGAUAUCCUUGUGGAGGCAGAUGGAGCAUGGGUAGUAAAAAUGUUCUAUAGUUUCCAGGACAAAAGGAACCUUUAUCUCAUCAUGGAGUUUCUGCCAGGAGGAGACAUGAUGACCCUGCUUAUGAAAAAAGACACUCUUUCAGAGGAGGUCACUCAGUUUUAUAUAGCCGAGACAGUCCUGGCUAUUGACUCCAUUCACCAACUGGGCUUCAUUCACCGGGAUAUCAAACCAGACAACCUACUGCUUGACUUACGGGGCCACGUCAAGCUGUCGGACUUUGGCCUGUGCACAGGCUUGAAGAAGGCUCAUCGCACCGAGUUUUAUAGAAACCUUACACAUAACCCUCCAAGUGACUUCUCUAGUCUGAAAUCUUGCAUGUAUGGAGUGGUUUCAGCUUCAUCCACCUCUACAUCUAUCUGCACGUACCGAGACGUGGAAAUAUACUGGUCUAAAGGAAUAGAAGGCAGACUUGAAACUUUUCAGAAUAUGAACUCAAAAAGGAAGGCCGAAACAUGGAAGAAAAACAGACGACAGCUGUCCUGUUUAUGUGCACAGGCAUACUCAACCGUUGGCACCCCCGACUACAUCGCCCCUGAGGUCUUUAUGCAGACGGGAUACAAUAAGCUGUGUGACUGGUGGUCUUUGGGAGUCAUCAUGUAUGAGAUGUUAAUAGGAUACCCACCCUUCUGUUCUGAGACACCACAGGAAACAUACAGGAAAGUCAUGAACUGGCGAGAAACUCUGAUCUUCCCCCCUGAGGUUCCUAUUUCAGAGAAAGCUAAAGACCUGGUCCUCAGAUAUUGCACAGAUGCAGAGAACAGGAUUGGGGCACUGAGUGUGGAUGAAAUAAAGUGCCACCCUUUCUUUGAGGCAGUUGACUGGGAGCACAUCAGAGAAAGACCUGCUGCUAUUUCCAUUGAGAUCAAGAGCAUUGAUGACACCUCCAAUUUUGAUGAUUUUCCCGAGUCAGACAUUUUACAGCCAGUGACGAAUCUAACGGAGCCGGACUUCAAGUCUAAGGACUGGGUUUUCCUCAACUACACCUACAAGCGCUUUGAAGGACUAACACAACGUGGAACCAUCCCGCCUACACAAAGCUGGGCAAAGCAUAAGACUGAAAGCUAAAGAAGAGCUUAAACCCUUGUCUUACCUAAAUGCUCGGUGUGUUCCCUUGGCUUCAGAGGCGCUGUAAAUAUAAAGUGCAAAGUACAUUUGCAUCGGCAUGAGCCCAGGCAGGGCAAUAAUAAUCAUAAAUACUCGUGUAUCAGUAUCAGUAUAGCUACCCCUGAAUUACACUGGUUUGUAUUUGCUCAGGUAAGAGGAUGCUCGUGAUGGACAUCCUUUUUCAUUGUCCAAACACUGUACUGUAGACUUGACAGUGAAUUGAACAGGGUCUUUUUAAGUUCUUACCUCACCUCAGCCUUAUGUGCAAAUCAUACAGAGCAAAGGUUGUGUCAGUAAUUUUGAAUAACGCUAAUGUUGGUGGAUGCGAACUUAAAAGUUCUUAAAAGUUGCUAUUCAUGCCUCCAUACUCCGCAUCCAAAUCAAAUUCACAGUGUUUUGCACAGUGAGGAGUAAUAACUACGAUAGAGAGUAGUUCAUUAAUGCACUCGCCUCAAGCAACAUGUAAGGGUUACGUUCAUAUUUAUAUAUCGGAGAGAAUUUUACUGCACAGGAAGUGAGCACUACUGGCUUUCUCUUUCUUACGCACAUUUAACAAAACGUUAAAGUGUCUGAAAAGAGUGCGUUAUUUUCUAUUAUAUUGCCAAUACUGACACACUGGUAGGCAUUUUUAUUCAAUCCUUUUGCGAUCGGUAAACAUUUCAGGAGUAAUCUCAGCACUUGAUCUCUCUUAAUAAAGUUUAUUGGAGGUCAUAGAAUGCAUCUUUUUAUAUGACUUUGUCCGUCUUGUAUCUGGAUACAGCCGAUGUGUGUUCCUCAGACUAAAUAUGUCGUAAAGGGACAAGCAGUGUAGUCAGCAGCGACAGCAACUACGAGCCUUCUUUACCAUUACAGGAGGUGACAAAUGGAAGGGAAAGUCCGAAGAAACACGGUGAUGUAGAGUUUGGAUCCGUUAUGUUGCUGGCAGGGAAGAACCACUUCAAAUCGAGGUCUGUUCCAGGAGGACGAUGUUCUUGGUCAACAGGACACGAAUGGUUUGAUAUGAAAAUGAUGUAAAUCUUUCAAAUGAAUUAAUAAAAAUGAUGUACUGUAUGCUGUGACCUUCGGGGUCAGCAAAUUGAGACUUGUAGAUUUAAUUCUGUAGAAUUGAAGCUGAUCUGGCAGCUUGCAGUGACUUUACUAUGGCACUUUAUGUUGUUGUUUUGUUUUUUCCUUUAACUUGUCAUCUGUCUGUGUGUAAAAUAAGCUCAUCGUACUGAAGGGUGUAUUCAUGAUCAUCUAGUCACUGUAGAACUUGGUUAUUUAUUGCUUAUAAACUGAUAUCUUGUGAAAAGUAAAGAAAAGACAUAACCCGG